ACAACAGAGAUGUGUGUGUGGUGUGAUUCAUCUUUACUUUAUCAAUAGAAAAAGACUAAAAGAGGCAGCGAUAAAAAUGUAAUAAGUAAACACACGUAUGUAGAUCCCACACAUAUAAAUUGACGUGGGAUACAAUCAAUUUGUUCAACAUUUCAGGAGAGUGUGUCAAACGAGACAACAAUAGCAAAAUAAAUUUCACUCGCAUCCUCGCAUCUCGCACCCUGAGAGAAUUAUUAGAGUGUGCAUUUGUAUUAUCUUGGCAAUUACAAUAAUAUAAUUCCUUUCUGAGGAGUAUCUCGAUUAGAUAUACGUACGAGAUUCAGUGUCAAUGUAAUCGAUAUCAGAUCCCUUCAUGACAUCGGCCGAACAUUUCAUUAGUCUUAUUACAGUAACAAGUGCAAAGAAAUUAGCUACUGUGCUUGUUGUCUGUUUUAUUAUAUAUCAUGGUGUCAUACAUCUUAUUUAUGGUAGCGAUUCUUGCAAAUGGUUAUUGACAGAAGGCAGAUACAAAGGAGACAAAGAAUGGCAACCAUAUGGAUGCAUGAUGCAUCACUACACCCAAACAGACAGCAGAAGAUGUAUGAGAUAUCUAGCUUUCAUGGGCCACCGUAAUCAUUUUGUAUUUACUGGUGAUGCUAGAAUAAGGCAACUAUAUAAAUCUUUCGUUUCACAAUUCAUGAUUGAUGGUAAAACAUCCGAUCUCACGGAGCUACCAGAAAACUCCGACUUGGGCUUUAAUGAUGGGCAGCUUAAGUUAAAUGUACAAUUUCUAUGGAGACCGCGACUCGAUGACUCUAUGAUAGCAGACUUUAGAGGCUGGAUGAAGACAGAUGCACCUAGCGUAAUUGUCGCGGGCUCUGCUACAGUUGCGAUUCUUGCAAACAAUAACAGUGACGCGCAACUUUAUUCGGAAUACAAUACAGGUUUGAUUCGAUUGGUACAGCCGAUAGAUUUUUUGGCUAAGAAGGGAUCUCAGUUCCUAUGGCUCUUACAAGAUCCUGUGCUCAAGGAAAGAUUGCCUGCACAAUUGUUGGGUUUAGACAACAAGCAGAUCAACUUGUGCAACAAAGCGGCUGAGAAGAUAUUGUCUCAUAGUGAAGCUCGUAUAUGGCAAAGCAGCAAAUUAGUCGGCACGGGUGUACUUGAACAAAGUCCAGAUGGCUACUUGGCAAGUCCGUUGUCACUUCGUCAUAAAGUUCAAAUACUAUUGAAUACAUACUGCAACGAUCAUAUGAAUUUCGAUGAUGGCAGUUGUUGCAGUUAUCCCGAGCUGGCAACUACUCUACAAUUGUUAAGUUUGUCUGCGCUUGCGUUAUUUCUAACAAUAGGAGGAGGAGUAUGGCUGUACAGACAAUUGUGCAAGUAUCGUUCCGAAGUAUCCUACUGUCACGUUACCACCGAGGAAGUGGAAGAUACGGAAGAAGCAGGUACUUCGGAAGUCAUUCAAAUUAAGCAACUUGAGGUACAAGAUUUCUACACUCUCAUUACAUCGUUGGCCCUCUUCUCCAUUAUAUUAGGAUACUUUUAUUUGUGCGACAGAACGAAUUUUUUCAUGAAGGAGAAUAAGUAUUACAGUGAAUUCAGUUUUUGGCUACCACUCGGUUAUAUCCUAGCUCUUGGAUUAUUUUUCACCGAGGAUCGCGAGAGAGGACCGAGAGUGUUAAAUAGAGAGCAAACGGACGAAUGGAGAGGUUUAAUGCAAGCGGUUGUGCUCAUAUAUCAUGUCACUGGUGCCAAAAAUGUCUUACCGAUCUAUAUGUAUUUAAGAUUAAUUAAUUCUGCCUACUUAUUUUUGUCUGGAUAUGGACACUUUUAUUACUUUUGGCAAACUGGCGAUGUGUCUCUUGUCAGAUUUGCUAGAGUCAUGUUUAGAUUAAACUUGUUGACAGUAUCCUUAUGUCUUUGCAUGAACAGGCCGUAUCAAUUUUAUCAUUUCGUACCAUUGGUAUCGUUCUGGUUUCUAGUGAUUUAUUUUCUGGCUUGGUUACCACCCAGAAUAUAUUCUGGAAGUUUAGCAGAAUACGGACCGAGAGCCUUGCUAUAUUUUGCCCUAAAACUCUUGGGUCUUGUCUCGAUAAUUACUAUUCUAUACAUGUCGGAGGUGUUCUUUGAGAAAGUUUUUGUCACGAGGCCCUGGAAAGCAUUAUUUGUGACGACUGAUGAUGAUAUCCGCGAAUGGUGGUCUCGUUGGAGAGUCGACAGAUACAGCGUAGUCUGGGGCUUGACUUUCGGAGCCGGUCUUGUCGCUCUUCAGAGAAUAGAUCACAUUCCGGGCACCGCAUUAUCUUCUGUAUUGGCAUUGAUUUCCUUAAUAGCAUACACUACUUUCACGAUUUUGUGUCACUCUGUAUCAGAGUGCGAGGAAAUUCACUCUUAUGUUGCCUUCAUUCCGAUUAUAGGAUACAUCGCUCUUCGAAACGCAUCAUUGGCAUUGCGGGGAAAACACUCUGCACUUUUAGCUGGAUUAGGUAGAAUAAGUUUGGAAACUUUGGUUGCGCAAGGUCACAUAUGGUUGGCAGCAGAUUCGCAUGGAGUGCUUGUACUGUUACCCAGAUUCCCAGUAUUGAAUCUGUUGGUUACAUCGUUUAUCUUCAUCUGCGCCAGUCACGAAAUUCAUAGAUUGACGCAUGUUUUAGCGCCAUAUGCAGUACCGAACGAUUGGAAACUAGUAGCUCGUAAUUUGCUGCUGUUUACAGCUGUGUUGGUACCCAUCGGCAUUCACGAUGGAAUGUUUUAAGAAUUGAUGAUAAUAAGAAUGUCAUUCUCAUUAUCAUCCUACAUAAAAAUCAAAGAUAUCAGCAGUAUUACCGUGAACGCAGAAAAUUUCAUAUCAUAGCCCAAUUAAAGACAAUUGAAGAGAAAAGAUUAAUUAAGUAAA